GUCCCUUCUACUGUGAGGCUGCUAAGGCUGCUCGAGAUUUAACAAGGGUCACCACAUUUUUCCAGAGAAGUGAUGCUAAAUUCAUAUCAAGUGAUGGAGUGUUUACAAAGACAGUCAAUGUGAAUGACACAGGAGUGGUGAUCUCAAUGACUAAUCGUGACCAACCUGAUGAUAAUGGCAAUGUGAUUACAUGGAGGAAAGAUGGUGGUGAUGUUCUUACACAAUAUGAGGGACAGACCAAUAUCAACUUCCCAAACCCGAUCAAGAUAUCAGACCAAGGGAUCUAUGAGAUCUACUAUGAUGGCGAGAGAUAUCAGAACAGAGGAGGAAUAUACAGACUCAUAGUCAGAGAAUGUCCUGUCGGUAAGUGGGGUCCACCUGAAUGCUAUGAUACCUGUGAUAAUUGUUACAAUGGUGGAGUCUGUGAUGACAAAUCUGGUCUUUGCAUCUGUCCUAACAACUUCAUGGGAGAUAAUUGUUUGAGUAUUUGCAGCAACACAGGUGGGAAUAGAUUUGGAUUAGAAUGUGAGUAUAGAUGCUCCUAUAAAAUUAUUGACAAUGCACAUCAUUGUCGAGGGUACCUGUUUUGCCUACCUAAUCCGUACGGAUGUUCAUGCGAUGUUGGUUCCCGAGGUCUAGCAUGUGACAGCGUUCCUGAUAUAUGUGAGACUGGUUACUAUGGAUCUCAAUGUACUGAUAAAUGUCAUUGCAUGGAUGAUGUAUCAUGUGAUAAAACAACAGGAGCAUGUCCUCAGAAGUGUGCCUUAGGAUACAGCGUACGUGAUGGUCAGGAAAAUUGUCAAGAGUGUGAAGGAGGAACCUUUGGUCUGAAUUGUCUUCAGCAAUGCCACUGUGCUCAAGAAGCCUGUGAGAUACAGAGAGGAUUGUGCAAUGGACAGUGUCUUGAUGGCUGGAUUGAACCAUACUGUCAAAGAAUAUCACGCUAUGACGUAGUAAGAGUGAAUCCAUACCAACCAUCAAACAUCACGUGUUAUGUUGAGGGGAUUCCACUUCCUGAUGCCUCAUCAGUUGAUCUUCGUCGGCGUAUUGAUGCCAACACUUACAAUACCACAGGAAUCACCAAGCGAUCAAGCUCUGUACUAGGGUCGGAACGGGCCGUUCUCUUUGAUAUUGAACAUGUGUAUCCACCAGAAGAUGGAGACUAUGUUUGUGGUCUCAUUAUAGAAAACCAGUUCUACUCAACAAGCAUCCCUAAAGCAACUUAUGUUCUUCCUGUCAUAAAUACGGCACCAUCUAUUGUCAGCACCACUUCAACUACAAUAACUCUACAAUGGAAUGCCUGGUCUGCAGGAGAAGACAUAGGUGAUCCUCGCCCUGUAGAAUAUGAUGUAUUUGUAAGAAAAGGUGGCAACUGGGAAAUAGAUCAGAGAGUAGAUGACUCUAUCACUUCAGUUACUGUUGGUGAUCUGACUCCUGACACAGACUACAGGUUCCGUGUUGCAGCCGUGAGGGAAGGAGAAGGUGGAACAGGACAUUGGUCUCCAAGGAUUGAUGCAAUCACUCUUUGUACAGAACCAAGGUCUCCCCCAACUGGAAUACAGGUGACAUCCAACAAUCCUAAGGAACUAGAAGUGACAUGGGAGUUCCUCUCAUUGGAAUCAGCAAACUGCAGGAAUGGUGCGACCCAUUAUAUGAUCUACUAUGCUCUCUCUGGUUCAUCAUCCAUAAACUCUCGCAUUUUUUCUAAUGAUACCAACUCAUAUACGAUAACAGGGUUAGAGACCUAUCUGGACUAUAUCAUUCAAAUAAGUGCUUCAAAUAAAGAUGAGGAAAGUGACAAGAGCAGUGAGAUAAUCGGCAGGACACUUGAAGAAGUUGCACCAGCUCCUAUCAACAUGGCCAUACCAAGAAGUACUAAAAGUUCUUUCACCGUGUCGUGGUCCACUCCUCUCCCAUCGAACGUAAAUGGUCGUGUUCAGAUGUACACCAUUCGCUUCAAGCCAAGCGAUCAAGAUGAUGGCGAUUAUAUCAUGGAAAAUGCGUUGACAGAUGCAUUUGAAGCAGAACAUACUGUGACGAAUCUUCUACAUGGUGUUAACUAUACAGUUCAGGUCCAAACUGUCAAUGGAGCUGGUUCUAGUAAGUGGUCGUACCCAGUCAGAGCUAAGACCAUCCUUACUGGUCAUCACUGUAACGGGGCGCAAGUAGGCACUAUAAUUGCAGGUGUUUCAGUACCUCUUAUCAUCAUCAUCAUCUUCCUCAUAAUUCUCAAUGUUGUUACCUACAGGAGACUAAGACAUCCAGUCACCGCAUCGUCAAAAAAAACUGCACGUGAGCCAUCCCCAAGGUAUGAGAACCCUGCAUUUGAUGCAUCCAUGCGCACCUGCAAAAAUGUGGAUAAAGACACCUACCAAGAUCCCGAUAUCGACACCAGGGACUACCAGAACCUCAGUGACCCCAACACAUAUCUAGGGCUUAAGAAAACCAGCAUCGAUACCUCGCUUCAGAGUGUCGGCCAACCAGAGCCGGAAACCACGUAUGAAUGCAUUUAGAAUCGAUUCCAAUGCACAAUUCGACUACCGAAUUACAGAAUGAAGCAAGUGCCAGAAGUGACGUGUGUGUUGUUGUUGUUGGGAGGAUGCGUCUGUUCGUGUGUGUGGAAGAAAGGAAUAACAGUUUCCGUAAUUAAUAAAUGGGUGAGUAUGGGUAUGGAAAAUAAGGGUGUGUGUGUGAGUAUGAUAUGAACAAUGAAUGUAAGGGUGUGAGUAUGGUGAGCAGAACUUAUGUGAGGGCGUGCGUGAGUAUGUGUGAAGACUUAAUAUCAGAUUGUGGGUGAAUGUAAUGAGCAGAAUGAAUAUGGGGCUGUGGGUGAGCAUGGGUGAGAUUGUGGGUGAGUAUGGUGAACAGAAUAAAUAUGAGGGUGUGUGUCGGGAGAGUGAGAAGAACAAAUCUAAGGGUGUGGGUGAGUAUGAGUUUGAAGAAUGAGAGUGUGCGUGUGUGUGAAUGUAGUAUGAAAAAUGAAUAUAAGGGUGUGAGUAUGGUGAGCAGAACUAAUAUGAAUGUGUGGGUGAGUAUGGGUGUGAAGAAUGAAUAUGAGGGUGUGUGUGUAUAUGAGUAUGGCAGUGAAGAAUGAAUAUGGGGGUGUGUGUGAGCAUGGGUGUGUAUAAUAAAUAUAUCAGAUUGUGGGUGAGAAUGGGGAACAGAAUUAAUAUGAGGGUGUGGGUAGGGGAGGUGAGGUGAGAAGAAUAAAUAUAAGGGUUUGGUGGGUAUGGGUGUGUGAAUAUAGUAUAAAGAAUCAUUAUGAGGGUGUAAAUGAUUGUGUGGGGGAGUAUAGGUGUGACUGAUGAAUAUGAGGAUGUGGGUGGGUAUCAGUGGGAAGUAUAAGAUGGGGGAGUAGGUGUGUAUGGAUGUAAAAUAAGAAAGUUAUAACGUUUAAAAGUUUCGGUCAUUUUUAUGCAAAUGAGAAAAUCGAUGGUGUCCCAAUGUUGCAAUUUUUACAGAUCUGACAAUAAGGACCAACUUGACUGAACCAUAAAAUGUUAAACAUUAGUUAUUCCACAUGUUCAGGGAGAAAUAAAUCUUUGCCUUACGGGACAGUGGGGACAAAAUUAGAAUAUUUCAUAUAAUAAAAUAAAAAAGAAAUAGUGAGUGAUGUCAUCACUUCCCUCAUUU